CUUAUCUCUUUCCUAUCAAAAGAGAACGAAACUCAGUUCUCUUUCACCCUCUCACAGCCGUACCUCAAAUCCUUGUCUAACUCAUCUCUCUUAGGGUUUGGUAAUCAUGUCUACUAGAAUACCAGAAUUUGAUUUUCUAUGUUACUAGAAAUAGAAGUGAAGGUGGUUAAUCAGGAAGUAGAAGAAGACAUGGGGUUGAAUCUGAACAAUCUUAGACCAGUGAAUCUCACAGUGUUGUUGUUGAGUAGAUUUGAAACAGUUUGGGGGUUAGGGUUUUGAUUUUACAAUUUUUAGGGCUCGAUUGUUUGGAUGAAUUAGAAUGUUUUAUGUUAUUUGUUCUUGAUUUGAAACAAUUUGCUCUUGCUAAAUCAGAUUCGAAAGGGUCUUUGUCGAUUUUCAAAAAUGGAGAUCGAAGACUAGUUCCUGCUGCAUAUGAUGAGAUUAUGGAGGUGUGGAAGAAUUGUUCACGAAGUGCAAUCCUGGUGCCAGAGGUGGAUAUGUCCAUACGAUCUCUCACAGUAAUUUGGGAUGGAAGCUUAGUUGUUGCUGCAAACAAUAAUGUAACUUGCUAUGUUUGGCGCUUGCAGCGUGGGACUCAGACUAUGAAAUUUUUUGAGCUGCUUCAUAAUCUACAAGCACAUGAUGGUUACAUCCUGAAGUGUUUGCUUUCACCUGGUCAAAUAGCUCGUGUAGCUAUAAUUUUCAGAGUCGAUGAGGUGGUGAUAUUUGACAAUAAUAAUGGUUCAGAUUAUGAUUUGAGAUUAGCAAUAAAAGAAGAUGCCGAUGGUAAUGAGAGCGGUACGUAGUUUCUUAUAAGAAUACUGAAGUAUUUGGAGACACCUCAGUAUCUGAGACGUGCGCUUUUGCAGAUGCAUACAAGCUUUAGAUCUGUGGGUUUGUUACCACCCCUUGAUGCUCCUCAUCAUUUACGUAAGCAUGAAUGGGGUCCAUAUCGGGAAGAAAGAAAAAGGCCUGAAUAACACCGGUACACAAGUCGAUGUUGGUUUAAUGAAGAGUUAUUGUCGUUGACCAGAAUCUUGAUCCUGGAAUUCGUGUGACCGUAGCAAUGGGAACUGAUCGCUGUCUGGAAACAUGUAAACUCUUGAUGUUUCUUUUUGAUGGAUGGUGCCUAGUUAGAGUUUCUUUUCAAUUAUUUUAUGGACGAGUGUGAUUAGUCAGCAUGGGAUAAUUCUGAUGUGUCCGGCAGUACUUAGUUCUUCUCAUUCUUUUUUCAUAUUGCAAAUUUAGUCCAUACUUGAUAUGUUUGUUAGCAUCACUUGCUUCAGCUUAAUAUGUUAAUUUGAACUUGUGACUCACUAAUUGUGUAUUGUGAUUUAUCUUUUUGGAUCCAAA